AUGUACGCACGCUACAUGGAGAUCUUUUCGGAAAUUAGAAGCAUUACCGAGCCCAAGAAUGGGGCUGCGCGUGAGAAAUGGAGCAGGAUAGCUUUGAAAAGUGUCAGGGAAAUGGCUGCUAAAGGAGCAAAUGCGCUGGAGGCGAACGACUCUGAGGACUACCUCGACUACACUGAUACAGUGACAAGCAUUGCGAGGGAACAGAUCCAUGAGCUUGAUGCGACGGAAAAAGUAUCUGUUACGAAUAUUUGGUUGGUCCGCAGUAGUCGAAAAAAGCCGAAAUCAGGCAGCGACUUAUUGCAGUACUAG